AUGCUAAAAGGCAAUGACUUGGUGAAGCAAGCAAUCAAGCCGCCGCGGAACUUGAGUGAAAAAGGAGCGCCGGACUGGGAACGUUUUGUGUUUCAGGUGGAAACAUAUUUGGCUCUCAUAGACCCACUCUACCCCAAAUACCUCGAAGAAGCUAAGAAAGCAUCUGAAUCCGCAGCUUCAGAGGUGGAGUCAGCGGAACACCGUGCUCUAUCUAUCAAACUCUUCGGCAUGCUCACGUCCUGGUUGCAGGACUCUCCCUGCGCGGUAAAACUCGCCAGGAGUGUCACGCAUCAGGAUGGGUUUGAGCUGUGGCGCCUUUUGUGGCGUGAGUUUCACCCUGAACAGGCGACGAAGGGGUUGGUAUGGCGCCGUGCCUUGCUGGCCCCUAAGUUCCCAACAAAGGAGGCAGAGUUUAGUUCUGCGCUCCAGGAAUGGGAAAACGAUGUGCAUCGAUAUGCCGCCGAAUAUGGAGCGGAAAAAGGGAUCUCUGAGGAGGAUCAGCGGGCCCUUACAGAAUCCCCCGCUGCCCUCCGGCAGCACCUGGCUAUCCACGCCGCAACGCUCACGACCUAUCAGCAGGUGCGUGCCGUGGUAGUCUCUUACUUACAGGCCAAGCGGGUGUGGACCCCCACUGGCUCUUACGCCGGCCCGCCAAAACGGUCUGAGCGAGACCCCGAUGCAAUGGACAUCGGAAAAGUAGGAGAUAAGGGCAAUAAAGGAAAGGAUGCCAACAAAGGUGGACCUGGAAAAGGAAAAGGUGGAAAGAACCCCAAAGGGAAAGACGCAGGAAAGGGCAAGGACAAGAAAAAGGAAAAGGAUGAGAAGGACAGGUGCCCGAUCUGCUGGCGACAAGGCCAUACGGUCGAACAGUGUUGGUACAAUGCCAAAGGCCAGGGCGCCAAAGGGAAGAACCAGGCUCAGGGUCAGAAACCCAAGGGAGGAGCUGUCAACGCGCUUGAUGAUGCCUCCACCCAUGUCCCUGUUUCCCAGAUGGGUGUCCCGGCCGGGUCGCAGGCUUCCACUGCGGCUUCCUUGGGCACACAGCGGCAGAAUGUCCGCCAUGUCUCUGAUGGAACGGGCCAUGGCCAUAUCCUGAAGCUUGGCGCGGGGAAAUCCAGCCCAAGCAUGGGAUCUCUCUUGGUUGACACUGGGGCGUGCGUCUCCGUUUGCCGCCCGGGUAUGUUCACUGGCCGCUUGGAUCGCAAGGCAAAGAAAUCCCUUUAUUCAGUAGACGACACGCCACUGAGGACGCAGGGCAGCCUGACCUCGCAGCUUCGCCUCGGACAUGAGGCGCAGCAGGAUGCCACAGUAACCUUUCAGGUGGUGGAUGGCAUUAGCGAUGACAUCCUCUCUGUCACCCGCGCGGUGGACGCUGGAGCGUCAGUGGUUUUCGGACCCAAGUGCCACAUUGAGUGGAGUGAUGGCACAAAGGCUGAUUUCUUCCGAGAGGGGAAUCAAUUCGUCAUGCCAUAUCAGCAGCUCCAGCCGGCAACUAUGGCUGCCAAAGUUGCUGUGGUAGAUGACCCCGAUGCCGAAGCCGUGAUCGAAUAUGCGCGGCGAGAGGCUGAGGCUGAAAAGGCCAUGAAAGACGCUCACGACCUUGAAGCAGAGGCGGAUCCUGUGGAUCCUGAACCCGCGACGCUCUCUCAUCCCAAAGAUCCGACCGCGGAAGAGGUGGCGCGGCAUGAGCUGACCCACCUGCCUUUCGCCCCUUGGUGUGAGGCUUGCGUGUGCGGCGCUGGCCGCCAUGGACACCAUCGGAGGAUGGAAGAUGUAGGAGACGGUGCGCUCGAAACCAUUGUGCAAGUGGACUACACGUUCUUUCAGCGGAACGCGCACCAGAGCCCAGUGGAGGAUGAAUCCGUGUUGGUCACAGUUCUGACCCUGGUGGACAAGGCCACUGGAUGGCCUCUAAGCAUCCAGGUGCCGCGCAAAGGGGCAGAACACGGUGCAUAUGUCCUCAAUGCGGUCGAACUCUACCUCAACACUUUGGGGCACCAGCGUGUCACCAUCCAGGUUGAUCAGGAGAACUCCAUCCGGACUGUCGCGCGGGCCAUCCAAGCGCGAAUGGGCGCUCACAAGGUCCAUGUGCGGGAAGCCCCGCCAUACUCGCAUCAGAGCCAAGGAGCAGUGGAGGGGGAGCACUCCUUCCUUGCCGGGCUUGUCCGUACUAUACUGAUGGACCUCCAGAAGCGGUACCCGGCCAACCUAGUCGAUAUCAAUCAUGUGGUGUUCCCAUGGCUUGUUCGACACGCAGCAUGGCUGACAGCAAGGUACCAAAUACGCACUCGAGACCGAGCCACGCCGUACCGCAUUGUCAACGGCGUGGAUUAUUGCUCGCCCAUCUGCCAGUUCGGGGAAACCGUGAUGGCACGGCUCCCACUCCCUGGUACCAAAACCCAGAGACGAUGGAUCAAGGGCGUGUGGGUUGGUCGUCUCGAGCGCGAUGACACUCACAUCAUCCUGUCUGAGGCAGGCGCGCUAACUGUGCGGUCUGUCCGCCGGUUGCCGCCUGCCGUCCAGACACAAGCAUCCGUCUUGAAGCAGGUUGUGGUAUUGCCCAUGCCUGCAGCGCCGGCCGCAUAUACAGAAGAGGAAGCGCGGAUCCCAGGGCCGCCCCCUGCUUUAGCGGCCGACGGUCCGAAAUCCAGGGUGGAUCUUGAUGCCUUGGAGGUGGAAGGGGUUGCGCUCGCUGAAGACCUGCCUGAAGAGCCGCCUUUGUAUGAGCCAGAGCCCAUGGAUGACAUGCCUCCCGCCAACGAUGCGGUAGACGCGGAAGAAGCGUCUCCUGUGGCAGUUCGAGGGCCUGGUUGGAGCUCGGCCAUGGCAGCCUUACCAACUACCCCUGCGAUGCCAACCGGCCUUGGCGGCAGCGACGUGCUGUCUCCAAAAAGGAGUCCAGCGGCAGGAGCGGACGCCGAGGAAGCUCGCCCGCCGAAGCAAGCUAAAGCAACGCCCGCCAAGAAGCCUAGAGUCGGCCAAAUUGCAGUUGAGGAGACAUGGCAGGCCAUCGAGGCAUGGGCCAACGCCGAGGAAAGCCAAAACCCCCAUGCCUUGCAGAGGUUGGCCAGUGUUUGCACUUGGUUGGAUUCAAUUUCGGAUCCGAUGCAAGUGGCUGAGGCACGGCUCGCGCAACUCAGGAAGCUAUGGCAACGCUCAGCUUUUGAGCCUGUCCAUAAAAGGGAUGUGCCGCCCGGAAGCCAGAUUUUCCAUUUCAAGUGGGUCGACAAAUGCAAGGAGGGCGUCUAUAAGAGCCGCUUCACUUGUGCAGAUGUGAAGCGGAACUACUCCGAGGCCGAGGAAGAGCAGUUGCGUGUGUUUGUUCCAACGCCAACGCCGGAGUCACAUAGCCUCCUGGAAGUGUCGGCGCUGUUCCACAGUCAUGCUACGAGGACCUUUGACAUCGUGGCCGCAUUUCUCAUUGGUCGAGACCGAGGCGCCCAAGAAGGCAAUCCUUGCUACAUGCGAGCCCCAGAAGAAUGGAGGCCAAUAUUUGAGGAAUGGGUGCGGGAUACCUUUCCGCCUCACGAAGUAGCUCGAAGAUUAAAAAGCUUCCCGGCCUAUAUGUUCCGCCUUGACGGCAACCUGUAUGGUCGUCGCACGGCGGGUUCAGUGUACAGGGACGAGCUCGAAGAGAUCUUGGUUGAGAAGAUGAAGCCGACCUUUUGUUUUGUUCGGGGCAAGCACGAUCCAUGCACAUACCACUGCAGCAGCAGCAAAGUGACCUUGGUCCACCACGUUGAUGAUGUUCGGUGCUCAGGCCCGGCUAGCGCCUUGAACCGACUCAUUGACGUGGAGCUGCCCAAGCACUGUGAAAACCUCUUGAAGCCGAAGGGGUAG